UUAAAAAGAGGGCGAACAUUCAUUUUCCUUCAGAAAUAGUGGCUUAAACGGAGAGCGAAGGGACAAAGCAAGACAAGGAGUUGUAUAACUAUUUAAUUGUACAGUUGCUUUGUCUACUCUACUUUUUUUUGCUUUGUUUAGAGACUACACAAUAUUAGGUUUAAACUACUAAAUCGUGUUUUAUUACACGGACUGUAGGUCAUAUUCCUGUGUUUAUUUCUGCACAAAUAUUCCGCAGCAAAAUAUAAUGGCUGCUAUCAGGAAGAAGCUGGUGGUGGUCGGAGAUGGUGCUUGUGGUAAAACGUGCCUGCUUAUCGUCUUCAGCAAAGACGAGUUCCCCGAGGUGUAUGUGCCAACAGUGUUUGAGAACUAUGUCGCCGACAUUGAGGUGGACGUCAAACAAGUUGAGCUGGCUCUUUGGGAUACCGCUGGGCAGGAAGACUACGACCGCCUGCGCCCUCUCUCCUACCCGGACACCGAUGUCAUCCUGAUGUGCUUCUCCGUGGACAGUCCCGAUUCGCUGGAGAACAUCCCGGAGAAGUGGGUCCCCGAAGUGAAGCACUUCUGCCCAAACGUGCCCAUCAUUUUAGUCGCCAACAAGAAGGACUUGAGGAACGACGAAAACGUCCGCAACGAACUGGCCAGGAUGAAGCAAGAGCCGGUGAAAACUGAGGACGGCCGGGCCAUGGCAGUGCGAAUCGGAGCAUACGAUUACUUGGAGUGCUCGGCCAAAACCAAAGAUGGAGUGCGGGAGGUUUUUGAGACUGCAACGAGAGCUGCACUCCAGAAGAGAUCCAGGCCGUCGGGUGGUUGUGGGAACUGCUGCAGACUGUUAUGAUUUACUGAUCAUGAACCGAGACGCUUACUCUAAGCAAAGACCACGAGAAGAGACCCUCUCCGGCAAUCGGUGCCAAGAUACAAACUACCAAAAAUUGUGACUUGUGUGUUUUAUUUCUUGUGUGGAGAAAAGAUGUGAGAGGCGACUGUGCCCUCUCUCUAGAAAUAUCACAUGAAAUAAAUAAGACUAUUUGCAGAUUGGCCGGGUGGAUUUGGGAUAACGAGCUAUCGUCAAAACGUAAAGCAAGGGGGUACAUCCUAGGGCUGAAAUGUUAAUUCGGGAAUAUGAAAAGUUGUGUUGCUGUUUUUUAGAGACGAACUAAUAUGGUCCGGCGAAGCAGAUGGGAUUGAUAGGCCACCUUGCUCAAAAUGGACAUGUUAGUUCCUGACUGGCGUGUGUGGCGGAGGGGGUGGAUAUUACCACUGAAGUGAUGAGACCAGCUGGAUGGACUGCUUUUAUAAAGGCGUUUUAAACCAGGGGCAUGCAGCGAUCCAAGAUUAAAACAUGUUUAAAUUUGUGUUGAAGGGAGGGGGCACUGCGGGGCUUUAUGCAGUCAUCAUGUAAACAUCAUUUUGCUUUCACAAAGACUUUGCCAUCACAGAUAAGGUGCCUGCUUUUCAGUCAAGAAUGACUGAUGCUGUAUUUUAGUGGGUGUAUUGAAAACCAAGUGUCGGGCGUUCUUUUGAAACCGUCUUUUUUCUGAUUUGAUUGCACAAUUGGGUUUUAUGCCAAACAUUGCAUUUUUUUGUUUUGUUUUACCUUCAGUAUAUCGGCUUCAUUUUGUUAAGUUGGGUAUUGUGAAUGGGGAAAGCCACUAAUAUUUGCCUUGAACCUUUUGUGGCGUCACUGAACUGGGUGGAAUUUGUAACAGUAAUUUUAUUAUGACGGCUUUAGGCAAAUGUGUUUUAUUUAAAAACAAAAAAAAAAAGUUAUGUUUUCGGUGGCAACAUUUGUGAGGGGAGGAUGUAAUUUGGGUUUCUGCCUGUUUUAUUGUAUAAAAUGUAAUAUUUUUAUACGUCUUAGCUUGUGGUACAGAGGAUAUUGUCUUGUUUAAAACUGACAGAAUUAUGAAGUUAUAAGACGUAUAAUAUGAUGUUUACAAGAACCGUAUAUAAGCUGUGUGAAAAGAACAGUUUUUUUUUACAAAAGUAAUAAACACAAACAAAUAACA